CACACACACACUCGCGCGGCUUUCGCGAAGGUGUCGCUGCCAGGAAACGUGUCCCGCGCGCCACGCCGUCUGUUUCUAGGGCAACGCCGGCGUCUCUUAGCAACCGCGCGCGGCCUAGGUGGGUUCCCCCGGAACCCCCAUCCGUGCCAUGACGACCGCGAGUCCUAGCGUCUUUCUACUGAUGGUCAACGGGCAGGUGGAGAGCGCCCAGUUUCCAGAGUAUGAUGACCUCUACUGCAAGUACUGCUUUGUAUACGGCCAGGACUGGGCCCCCACAGCGGGUCUGGAGGAGGGGAUCUCACAGAUCACAUCUAAGAGCCAAGAUGUGCGGCAAGCACUGGUGUGGAACUUCCCCAUUGAUGUCACCUUUAAAAGCACCAACCCCUACGGCUGGCCACAGAUCGUGCUCAGCGUGUAUGGACCAGAUGUGUUCGGGAAUGAUGUGGUUCGAGGCUAUGGCGCGGUGCACGUGCCCUUCUCACCUGGCCGGCACAAAAGGACCAUCCCCAUGUUUGUCCCAGAAUCUACAUCUAAACUGCAGAAGUUUACAAGCUGGUUCAUGGGGCGGCGACCCGAGUACACAGACCCCAAGGUGGUGGCUCAGGGUGAAGGCCGGGAAGUGACCCGUGUCCGCUCUCAGGGUUUUGUCACCCUCCUCUUCAACGUAGUGACCAAGGACAUGAGGAAGCUGGGCUACGACACUGGGCCUGCAGACACACAGGGCGUCUCAGGUCCCAGCCUGCCCCAGGGCUUCCCCCAGUGAAGGCACCACAGGUGCACAGUCUCUGAUAAUGAAGGGCUGCCUUCCUGGAGUCAGCUGCUGGCCAUCGGUCUAAAGGGCAGCCUGGUGGCGGGAGCUGGGGCACACAGAACAGUUUUCUACAAUAAAGUCACAUUUUCAGAAAGCCCA